GAAGAACGCGAACACAGUGCGCAAGAAUUUGUAUGGCAACUCAUCUGGACGCCCCGUACUAAAUUCGGGCUCAAAUGUUCUGUUUUUUUAUGCCGGGUACUUGACAGAGUUCUUAGAAGCGAAGAGGUGCAAAUAUUGGGGAGUUCUACGGGGAGUUUCCCUCAAUCAUCUUACUCGACUGGGGUGUGUUCAUCUUUGAUUUCAUUUUGUGGUUUUUGUUCUUGGAAGGGGCUGGUUUCAGGAACUAGGCACCAUCCAACCCCAAGUGACGACCGUCUUCGACGAGGAACCACAUAGCGGUAGAUACUGGUGGUACGGUGAGGGUAUGGUACCGUAUCAGAUCUAAGUUGUCGGUGGCAGUGGGAACUGCGGACGCUUCGCCAGGAUGAAAUUUAUGUCGCUCAAGGAAACAAAUUUUCCUUUUUUUCUGGUUUAUAUAGUCGGUGCGGAGUUCGUCUCGGGAGUUUGAGCAGGGAGUCUCGGUCGAUACGUUGUCCUCUUUAAAUGCUAUACGAUACAAAAUACGACACAAUACAACUCAUACGAAAUGCAUCCAAACUCGGCUACAAUCCAAAUCGAGGAACCAACCACUCCCCCCUUCCACCUGACAGGUCCCAGCCCACUGGCGCCCGCCUUUCUCGGAGGGGGCUCGCCCCACUUCCCGCCCUCCCCGGGGAGCUUCAACCCCGACUACCCCACCACCCUCCUCCCGAUCUCCCCCACUAGUUCCUUCCCUUCUGGCAUGGGCGGCGGCGGGGUGGGAGAUGUGAACCGCCGCCUUUCCGCCUCCUCGGGCGCCGUAAGCCCCCGCGCUGCGGCACCGGGCUACUCCCUGGACGAGUUCAAGGGCUUCCGUGAGAUUGCGGAUUAUAUGUCCCAUGAUGGCGACUGUGUCCUCGUACGACGCUUUGGGGUUCUUCGUUUCCGCGACCUGCUAUGCAAGCAGGCACAGGUAGCGGAGUUAGAGCGACACCUGAGCAGGGUGGAUAACGGAGAAUUGUUCGGGCAGGGGGACGUGGAGGCGGUGAAGGGGUUGAUGAGAGAGUUGGAUACUAAACUGAAGGUGUACGACGAGGCACUGGAACGAUGUCAUAGAGUCUAUACCAUGCCCCGCCCGAGCGCGCGCAGCCUCAACAAAACCAGCUCCUGGCUACGCACACGGGGGUUUGAUUUGCAUCAGCAACCAGAGGAGGACAUAGUGACCCUCGACCAAGCGCUCAUCACCGACGGGCCAAUAACCCGCAUCGCGGCACUGAUAGCACGUGUGGUCUACAAAAAGGAGGUCACCAGGAGGGCCGGUGUGGACCAGCUCUCGACCGACCGCUCGAUACUCGUCUCGCGAGCGUUGAUCUCGGUCAUCGCACCGGUGAUCUUGCUCGUGCCGGUUGUGUUGCUGUGUUAUGUGAGGAAGCUGUGGGCGCAGAUUGUUGUCGUUGCUCUGGCCACCGUCAUCAGUAGUUUUGCGAUGAUGGUCGCGAAGGCGGGGAAUGCGGAGGUGUUUAUGGCUACGUCUGCCUACGCCGCGGUUAUGGUGGUGUUUUUGGGGACUGUGGCAGACGUUUCCGGGAAGGGAAAGGGGUAAGUAGAUAGGAGGGGGGAGGAAGAAGAGGUGUAAGUUAAGAGAUGCGAGCUUGGGAAAUGAAGUUUUGGGAUUCAUGAUUAA